GUAAAUAAAACGCAACUACAGCUCUGCAAGAAAUACGCUUGCAAGCUGCACGGUUUUUACAUCUUGGUGCGUAGUCUUUCGACCUCAAGUGAAAGAAUCAAAAGGAAUCAAGAAGAAAGCAAAAGGAGAGAAAGUGCCCGUAGGAGGGAAACUAUCUGCAACAAGAAUUUGUUAUUGUUCGUUUACUAGCAUAGUUUUUGCAAAAAACCUAAGUUGUUUCUAAUUAUACAUUAAUGAUGAAUACGGAAACGGAAUGCUAAACAGCACCGAGAGAAAAAAUCUGGAACAAUAUGAAUCUGCAAUCUUUGUUUCAGGAUUUUAAUCCAAGUAAAUUUGUAGUCCAUUGCUGUCUGUUCACGUUUACAAUAUUGUUCUGUCUGCGAUUGGACGGAUUCAUCGAUUGGCCCUAUUGGGUUGUAUUUGUGCCGCUAUGGGUGUGGAAAUCGAUAGCAACGCUUGGUGCUAUAGUGGGUGCCGUGGUUUGGUGUCGCCAUCCACACUACAGAGUCGAAGGUGAUUCCUACUCACACUUCAAAGCAAUGUUAAUAUCGCUUUCUUUGCAUUUGAUAUUGCUGAUGUUUGAGCUGCUUGCCUGCGAUCGGCUUACGUCCGGACGGCACCUCUGGGUACUGGUAUUCAUCCCACUGAUAUUCGGCAGUGCGGCCAGUGUUGGUGCUUGCGUGUGGGCCGUUAAACACGAUCGUUCAUUUGAACUGGAACUGUUUUGCGCCGUCAAUGCGCUACAGUUCGUGUUUCUACCCCUCAAGCUGGAUGGACUCGUGUCGUGGAGCUGGGAAGUGGUUUUCGUGCCACUGUGGAUAGUGCUCUGCCUUAGCUUGGUGGCUGUACUGUACAGCAUCAUAUUUAGUGUCAUUCUGCUACGCACGCCGGAGGUUUCGGCGCAGCAGAAGAAAUCUGCAUUCUACUCCGCCAUCGGGAAUUGUGCCACCGUUAUUCCAGUGCUAGUGUUUCAGGUGCUACUGGCGGAUAAGCUGGAUGAAGACUUAAACUGGCCAUACAUAGCCGUGGCGGGUCCACUUUUGGUUGCUUUGUUUACGUUGAUUCUACUCAGCUUCAAUGCCAAAGGAGGGAACAAAUGGUGGUUCGGUAUACGGAAAAACUUUAGUCAGUUCCUGCUCGGUGUGCUUCCAUGUCUGCAAGAGUACGGUAACAUAUCAUAUCACACGGACAACGGUCAAACUGUGCCACUAGAUAGCGCCAACGUACAGAUGGACGAUUUUGAAAAGUACGACAAAAAGAGUAAAAAGGCACUCACGAAAAAGAACGACCAUCUGAAGCCCGUUGUACCAAUCGUCAGUAUAGAGCUACCAGAUUAAUUGUUUAAUUCAUAGAAGAAAAGGAAAAGGUAGCUAAUCUUUAACCAAUUUGAGGUGGCUUUCUCGUCUACGUUUCGGUAAAUUAUUUAAGCAUCUUGGAAACGGUUAAAGUCGUCGAAAAAAGGUUCCCAAAUGUUUUGCACUUGAAAGGCAUAUUUAUCGGUAAUGUCUAGUAACAAUGGGAAAGAUGUAAUUCGGUGAAGGUACACGAAAACCACUCUCCACUAUGCGCGUUAACAAGGAGGGAAACUGACAAUAUUUAAAUUAUCGAGUAAAGCGAUAGAUAGUGCUCCAGAACGGUACAAUAUAUGCUUAAUGCCCGACAUUAUUGUGAAGUAGGAAUGAAUACUAUUUAGCUUAGAAUCGCCAAACCUUGUUAAGUGUGUUCGGUAGGCCAUCUGCUUACAAUGGUACAGAAAGCAUGAACGCUUGUGUAGGACAAAUUAUCGUAAUUUCUAUUCCCUUUUCGAACUAGAUGGAACGAAUGCUUUGGUGUAGCUUGUAUGUGGAGGGAUGGUUCAGAUUCUAUUGUAAAUAUUGAUAAUAGCUAAUUUCGUUGUAUCACACAAAAAAGCGAAUAGAGAUACAAAAAAAAUAAAAAAGAAAAAUUUCAUUUACUAUUGUUUC